GCCUGCGGAAUCGCCUUUUGACCCCGGAUGUGCCUGCGCUGCGGGAGCUGUCACCGUGUCCGGCACCGGCGGCACAUCGCGAGUGGUGGAGCCGCCGAGGAGGGUCACGCAGCACAAUGCCAGCUCUGCCCCUGGACCAACUCCAGAUCACCCACAAAGACCUGAAGACAGGAAAGACGAGGACUUCACCAGCACUGCACCCCGAGCAGAAGGCAGACCGGUAUUUUGUGUUAUACAAACCGCCCCCUAAAGACAACAUUCCCGCCCUAGUGGAGGAGUACCUGGAACGCGCCAACUUCGUAGCCAAUGACCUCGACUGGCUCCUGGCCUUGCCUCACGAUAAAUUCUGGUGCCAGGUUAUCUUUGAUGAGACCCUGCAGAAGUGCCUGGACUCCUACCUGCGCUAUGUCCCCCGAAAGUUUGAUGAGUGGGAGGCCCCAACCCCUGAGGUUGCUGACAUGCAGAAGCACCUACACCGGAGUGUUUUCCUCACCUUCCUUCGCAUGUCCACCCACAAGGAAUCCAAAGAUCACUUCAUUUCUCCCUCUGCAUUUGGAGAUAUUCUCUACAAUAACUUCCUCUUUGACAUCCCAAAGAUCCUGGACCUCUGUGUGCUCUUUGGAAAAGGCAAUUCACUGCUACUCCAGAAAAUGAUAGGAAACAUCUUUAUCCAGCAGCCAAGUUACUAUAAUGACCUGGAUGAAACCAUCCCUACCAUUCUUCAGGUCUUCAGCAAUAUUCUCCAGCAUUGUGGCUUGCAAGGGGAUGGGCCCAGCACCACACCCCAGAAGCUUGAGGAGAGGAGUCGAUUGACCCCCAGCGAGAUGCCCCUCCUGGAAUUCAAGGACAUUGUUCUCUACCUGUGUGAUACCUGCACUACACUCUGGGCCUUUCUGGAUAUCUUCCCUUUGGCUUGCCAGACCUUCCAAAAACAUGACUUCUGUUACAGGCUAGCUUCCUUUUAUGAAGUGGCAAUUCCUGAAAUGGAGUCUGCAGUCAAGAAGAGGAGACCUGAAGACAGCAAGCUGCUGGGCGACAUGUGGCAGAGGCUCUCCCAUUCCAAGAAGAAGCUAAUGGAGGUGUUUCACAUCAUCCUGAACCAAAUCUGCCUCCUUCCCAUCCUAGAGAGCAGCUGUGACAACAUUCAGGGCUUCAUUGAAGAGUUCCUUCAGAUCUUCAGCUCCUUGCUGCAGGAGAAGAGGUUCCUCCGGGACUAUGACACACUCUUCCCUGUGGCUGAAGAUAUCAGCUUGCUGCAGCAGGCCUCGUCAGUCUUGGACGAGACUCGAACUGCCUAUAUCCUACAAGCUGUGGAAAGUGCGUGGGAAGGUAUGGACAGACAGAGAGUCAAGGACAUUAAAAACCCAUCCAGGACCAAGGAUCCUAAUAACAGAGUCACAAUGACAGCAGAGCUAGUCAGUGAAAUGCCGUCAGGCAUGGAAAACUCGGAGGAGGAUGAGGAGUGCAUGGGCGCAGCAGCUGCCCUGGGCCCUACUGUGUGUGGUGUGGAGCUGGACUCACUCAUCUCCCAAGUGAAGGACCUACUGCCAGACCUUGGGGAAGGCUUCAUCCUGGCCUGCCUGGAACACUACAGCUACGACUCAGAGCAGGUGAUCAACAACAUACUGGAGGAGCGGCUGGCCCCCACCCUCAGCCAGCUGGACCGCAGCCUAGACAGACAAGUGAAGCCGGACCCCACACCCCUGCUGACAUCUCGUCACAACGUCUUCCAGAAUGAUGAAUUUGAUGUGUUCAGCAGGGACUCAGUGGACCUGAGCCGAGUACACAAGGGGAGAAGGAAGGGAGAGAAUGUGCGGAGCCUGGUGAAUGACAAGCGGGCGGUGGUGGAGCAGCGGCAGCGCUACGAGCAGUACAGUGUGGUCGUGGAAGAGGUCCCACUGCAGCCAGGGGAGUACCGAAUCGAUGAUUACGAGGAUGAGUAUGAUGACACGUAUGAUGGCAACCAGGUGGGCGCCAAUGAUGCAGACUCAGAUGAUGAACUCAUCAGCCGCAGGCCCUUCACCAUCCCCCAGGUGUUGAGAACCAAAAUGCCUGGAGAAGGGCUGGAGGAAGAAGAUGAAGAGGAGGAGGAGGCUGAAGAUGAGGCCCCCAAGCUGGAUCAUUUCAUACAGGAUCCUGCAGUGCUGAGGGAGAAGGCUGAAGCCAGGCGCAUGGCCUUCCUCGCCAGGAAGGGAUACCGGCAUGACAGCUCCACAGCAGUGGCAGGCAACCCCCGAAGCCACGGGCAAAGCCGAGAAACAACCCAGGAGCGCAGGAAGAAAGAAGCCAACAAGGCGGCCAGAGCCAAUCACAGCCGCAGAACCAUGGCUGACCGAAAGAGAAACAAAGGCAUGAUCCCAUCCUAAAGCCACAAAGCUGCUGGGCAAGGGAGGCUCCUCCAGGCAGCUCUGUCCUCAGCAGCUCAACUCUAUGGUCCCAAGGAAGGCUGCUACCACACCUUGUCCACCAGCCAGCCAUGAGCGCCUUUGUGUUAAACACACAGUGCCUUAUCCUUCAGUGGAGGAACCCAGUGCCAUCAAGCAGGCUUCUCCCCCAGCUGUGUUGACCAGAAAGGAUGGAGAGAAAGAUCCAAGACAUCCCCCAUCUUAUGCAGCAAGACACCAGUUCACUUAAUCCCAGGAUAGCAGAAGACCUGUAUAUUCAGAACCAACAAAAGGCCCAUGAAUAAAACUUGUGACCCUUCCAACAGUGA